AUGCACACCAGCACGGAUCCCAUGCACACUCUGCACGACAGCGUCUCCCUCUCGCCGCCGCUCAUCAAAAGCUCACGAGGCGGCUCCUCCGGCGGCAACGGCAUCGGAUGCAGUGCGUCCUCGCGCGCCGCCGCCGCAGAUGCCAUGUCCAUGGGCUGCGACGACAGCGACAUCGAGCCGUCGUCCAUGGGCGGCAGUGGUGCCGCCGGCGGCAACGGCGACGGUUCGGGAUCCUCGGGCGGGCCACUGGUGAAGCCACCUUACUCCUACAUAGCCCUAAUCACCAUGGCCAUUCUCCAGUCGCCGCACAAGAAGCUCACGCUCAGCGGGAUCUGUGAUUUCAUCAUGUCGCGCUUUCCAUACUACAAGGACAAAUUCCCCGCCUGGCAGAACUCCAUCCGGCACAAUCUCAGCCUGAACGACUGCUUCAUAAAGGUGCCACGCGAGCCGGGAAAUCCCGGAAAGGGCAACUUCUGGACGCUGGACCCGCUGGCGGAGGACAUGUUCGACAACGGCAGUUUCCUGCGCCGCCGGAAGCGCUACAAGCGGGCGCCCACCAUGCAGCGCUUCUCGUUUCCGGCGGUCUUUGGCACGCUGUCUCCGUUCUGGAUCCGCAAGCCCGUGCCCCUCGUGCCGGUGCACUUCAAUGUGCCCAACUUCAAUGGGAGCAGGGACUUCGAUGUGGUCCACAAUCCGGCGGAUGUCUUUGACUCAGCACUGCGGGCGGACAAGAAGUUCAACUUCUUCGCGAAUGCCGAGGCAUCCUUCUACCAGGGAAGUCAGUCGGGCGACAAGUUCGACCGACUGCCCUUCAUGAAUCGCGGUCGCGGGGUGGAUGCCCUGGACGCACUACCGCACAGCAGCGGCUCCGCAGGAGCAGGCGGUGGAUCCGAGGGCAGCCGUGGCUCCAAGUACAAAAGCCCCUACGCCUUCGAUGUGGCGACGGUGGCCAGUGCUGCGGGUAUGCCCGGCCACAGGGAUUACGCCGAACGACUGUCCGCCGGCGGUGGUUACAUGGAUCUCAAUGUGUACAACGACGACGCGGACACAGAGGCCGAUGCGGAAGCCGAGGGCGAUGACGACUCCUGCGAGGACAAGAUCGACGUAGAGAGCGGCAAUGAGCAGGAGGACUCACACAUCUCCGAUUCGGUGGACAGCGCCUGUACAAAUCGCCUGGAUGCGCCGCCGGAUGCGCUGAUCUUUGAGAAUGCCGCGGAGUCCGACUCCAGUCCACGGAGACGCUUCGAUAGCGAGCCCCUGGUGCUGCGGACCAGCAAACAGAGCAGCGCCAAGGACUUCCGCAUCGAGACGCUGAUUGGCCACCACCUGCAUCGCGGUGCCAGCCAGGAGGAGGCCAGCGACUAG